GUUGUCCGAAGGCUCUGGUGUAAUUUGAGACACAUUGAAGAACGAAAUAAGUCAAUGACUCGCAGUUGAUAUAAUAAAAUCAUUUGAUCACUUUGAUCAUUCAAGCCUUAUAAAUCAUCCGUUUUUGCCCGAAUUUGGUCGUAAUUUCGUGUUUUCUAAAUACCGGUGUAUAAUGUCGAAGUUCAUGUGAAUAGCUUUAACGUUUGGAGAAAAAUUUCUCUGUAAAAACACGAUUCCUUGCGGAGUUCCUUGCUGUGUCACAACAAAGUAUGAAUCGUGACCCAAAUGGAAUAAGAUGGGAGGACUUUUGUCGGAAACAUGGUGAGAAUGCAGCGAGGCAGUUUGCGAAAGAAGUCAAGCAUUUUGUGGACAACAACCCCGUGUAUGAUGGCAUAAGUUCUGCGAAUAUAUUCGCGAAGAAAUUCAUUGAAUGCUUUAAUCAAACAUUCUCGGCUGAGCUUAUCAAUGCGACUUGGGCCGAUUUCAGUGAUCCUGAUUCACCAGGGCCAUUUUCAAACGAGUUGAAUUAUCCUCCGAGCGGCCCGAACAGCCAACAGGUGAACGGACAAGACCAGCAAGGGAAACCACGAUCAAAAUUUAACUUCAGACAGUUGUUUAAGAGGACAAACAGUGCGACUCACGUUGAUACUGCCUUACAUCAGACGAACGGAAGUCUUCAUGAUCAUGGUAGAUUUAGACCACCGAAUUUAAGUCUUGACCAGGAAAGACCACCAAAUGAGAUCAAGAAAGACGGUAUACUAGAUUAUCUAGUCAAUUUAGACUCAGGGGCGGAUUUGGAAGAGUUUUUUUGGCAAAAGUGUCGGGUACUUCUCUACAAAGCCCCGGGAGGCUUCAUGCUAGAAUUCUACGCACCACCUAAGGCGGUGAAACCAAAGAAUGGUAUAUUUUGCUUCUUAAUUCAUGAAGCGAGGCCAGCAAGUAUUUUGGAGAUGCCAGAUGGUGAUCAUGUAUUUGUUAUAAAGGCUGUGAACAAAAAAGAGUACAUGUUAAGGGCAAGCAAUAAAUACGAGAUGAACACUUGGCUUGAUGAGAUACGUCAUUGUAUGGAGGAGGAUCAGGGAGGACCAACAAGCCCAACAACGACAAGUGCACCAAUGAUACCAUCUUUGCCAACACCACCAGAGAAUAACAGUUCAUCACAUUCACACAGCAGAGAUGGACCCCUUUUGGUCUCCUUACCGACUGAGCAAAACACAAGUUUGCGACGUAUGCCUCCCAGUCGACAGGACAAUGUUGUGGGAGAAGAAAUUACAUCAGAACCUCGAUAUUCGGCCCCACCAGUUGCGGGGUCACCACCCCCUGCCUUACCCCCACGUUCACACUUGAUGAAUGAUACAGACCCACCACACAGGGGUGAAGAGCAACAUGAGACAUUCUUUGGUGUAUCUAGCGAGACACCACCUCCCAGUCCGGAUGUUAAUAUCGCAAGAGCCUCGUCGGAGGAAUCCGACAUCCUCCCGACGGAGGAGACUCAAGACUGGAUAUCGUUUACGGGAGAAAAUCAUCCGCUCGCCCCAUACCCUUGGUUUCACGGCACGCUCUCGCGGCUCGAAGCCUCGCACCUGGUGUCUCAGGGGGGGCAGCAAUGGCAUGGGAUAUUUCUUAUACGUCAGAGCGAGACACGUCAAGGAGACUACGUUCUCACCUUCAACUUUCAAGGACGCGCAAAGCACUUGAGACUUUCAUUAAACGCCGACGGUCAUUGUCGGGUACAACAUCUGUGGUUCCCAAGCCUCUUCGAGAUGCUCGAACAUUUCCGGUCUAAUCCCAUUCCCCUGGAGAGUGGCGGUCCGUCUGACGUCAUGCUUACAAACUUUUGCGUGAACACCGGGGAGAGCGAUGUCGCCCCGCGCCGUACCUUACCCUUGAGGUCAAAUCGCUCUGAUGGACUAAGGCGAGCGCACAGUGUACAGGCCAGUAGGCUGACUAGGACAGCGGUUAUUCAAGGAGGCUCUGUACGACUGCCGUCCACGUCAGCCAAUCAGCAGCCGAUACGUGUACGCGCUGUUGAGAAUCAAUACGCAAUUAUGUGAAUAUCAUAGUUUAGUUGGUGGGUCUUUUAGGGGUGAAAUAUUGGCCUUUUUAAACAAUGCUGUUUAGGGUAUACUACUCACUUUCAAUUCUGUUUAUUUGCGUUCAAUUACAAGACGACUGUGUAUAAUGGAAGAAAGAAAUGCAAUUUUCUUUCGGAAGAAAACUACAAUCUGAUUUCUGCACGAGAAAGCAUUCGCUGCCAGUUUGAAACGGCAUGUAAAUAUAAAGUAUGGGCCGUGAAAAGUGGUUCGAUACACAACGAGGACAAUUAACUACACGAUCACACAAAUAUUUAGGCAUGAAGUGUAUUGCAUUUUACUAUACAACUAAUGUAAAAAAUAUUUCAUACAAGAUAGUAUAUUACAAAUAGAAAAAUG